UGUUAUUGUAGCUGCUAAGGCACACGGGUACAUGGGUGUAGCAGAAUAUUUUCAAACACUCGUUUGUCACGAUCUAAAAAAGUAUGGAGAGGGAAUUUGUCGCUUGACGAAAGCGAAGGAAUUUUUGAACGCCGCGGCGAUUUUGUGUCCAUUGGAAUUUCCGAGGAAUUUGAAGAGUUUUCAAGAAUCCGUGGAAACUCUGUUGGUGUCGGCUGUCAAAGAGAACGAUGUAAUAUAUUGUGACGUAGUUCCCAAGUACGAGAAAUGCGAGGAACUGAGUGGCUUUCGUGUUGUCAAAUUGCUUCCUUUCUCGGGAAAUUUUUCCUCUGAGGAAACUCUUUUCUGUCGUUUGCCUGACUUUGAACCAAGCGAGGAGAAAUUGCUAGAACAACAGGCAUCGUUGACGGAAGAAGAAUUAUCAACCCGGAGGUCUACAGCAUUGGAUCUGAAAACCGAUGGCAACGAGCUCUUCCUCCAAGCAGAAUAUUCUGCUGCGAUAAGGAAAUUCGCCGAUGCCUUGAACGUGUGUCCUGCCAAGUUUGCUACAGAUCGAGCUGUUUUGUAUCAGAACCGUGCCAGUUGCAAG